AUGAGAUGUCAUAGAAACCUUCAUCGUCUGUAUGCGCCUUUAGAUACCUGGGAGACGAAUCUUUGCUUGUGGAAUCCCUACACCAAAAAUCUCAAGGAGAUAAUUAUUCCAAGCGACAAAUCUAUACCAGCUAAUCUGAGGGAUUUUACACGUAGAGAAGGUGGAGCUAAUUAUGGAUUUCGAUAUGAUUGCAGUACCCAUGACUACAAGAUUGUAAAAGUUAAUGACUGCAUCACUCUAGAUAGUACGAAUCAACCAAUUUGCAAUGGUUCUGAAAUCCAAGUGUAUAGUUUGAAAUCAAAUUUCUGGAGCACAUUACCAUGCAUUAUCCCAUAUGCGAUAGAUGCUAAACAUCGCAAGGCUGAAGCGUAUUUUAAUGAAGCUCCUCACUGGAUAGCACUUAGAGCUCCAUUUAGCUCUAAUUUUGAUGAUCACAAUAGAUGUAUUAUCUUUUUUGAUGUUGGAGAAGACUGUUUCGGCGAAGUUCUGAUUAGUGAUGCUUUAUUUCAAGAGUUCAGUCAUCAGGAGAGGGUCAAGGCACUGGGUGUAGUAAGAGACUGCUUUAGUUUGGUAAUAUUUGAUCCCAGUCCAGCUACUUUUGAAAUCUUGGGAAUGGUAAAUUAUGGAGUGCGAGAUAGCUGGACUAAAUUCUUUACUGGGUUCAUCCCAGUUGAAGAUAUGGUGGAUUUUCACAACCAUAUAAAGUUACUAUGGGAGUUCAAGAGCGGUGAAGUUUUGUUUGCUAUACAGACAGAAUAUUUUGAUUAUACUCAUUUGGUUGUAUAUAAUCCAGUUCAGCAUACAUCUCGAAUCACCAAGAUUCCGGAUAUAUUUGGAAAUACCGGCAGCAUAGAAACCUAUGUUGAGAGUUUAGUGUCUUUUAGUAACAGGAUUUACGAAGGAGAGCAAGAAGAUACCAAUGUCCAGGCAGUUAGCAAGUGA